GUGUUCGUUAUCAAAUAAUGGGGCCUGUCUGAGAGUUUAACAGCCCCCACAACACAUCCAUGAGUCCGGUCCAGUCCAGAAAUAUAAGCGGCUGCAUUUUGCAGCGAUCAGGGGUGAUCGAUUCUACUCAAGCCUGGUUGUUUUCUUACGACACAGCUCGCUGUCAAUAAGAAAACAAGAAAACAUCAUGAACAACGUGGAUCAUUCACAACAGAACAACACUAAAAGUCCAACUUUAAAAGAUAAACAGAAGAUCAAGCGUGUCGGAGCUCAUCAGCAGGAUCUUGUUAUAAACCAGACCUCUGAUAUCCAACAGGUGCUGGUGGUUAAAGAAGAAGUUCCUCAGGAAUGGAUCCCCACUUUGGACCAACAGAACCCAGAACCACUUCAUACAAAUGAAGGACAAGAGAAACUCAGCACUGGUCAGGAGGGAGAAGAGAUUAAUGAACUGGAGGAGACUGAGUUCCCAUUUGCUGUUGUUACUGUGAAGGGUGAAACUGAUGAGGAAUCUCAGUCCUCACCACUUCAACAAAACCAGACUGAAGACGACACAGAGGCAGAGACUCCAACUACAAGCCCAGUUAAAUGGAUCAAACUGGAAAGUGAUGAAGAAGACUGUGAAGAGCAAGACAGGAAUUCAGAUUCAGAACCAAAUAAUGAUGAAAAAGCUUCAGAUUCUUUUGAGACUGAAAAACGAGAUGGAGAUGAUGGUAAUUGGAAAGAACCUAUGUCAGCUACUGGAUCUGACAAAGAAGACGGCGAUUGGAAGGAGAGUAGGGCACGAAAGUCAGGUGUGAAGAGAAAUGUGGGACAUAAGACUUCCAAAAAGUCCUUCAGCUGCUCUGAAUGUGGUAAACAAUUUCUCUACAAGCAACCUUUCCAGAAACAUAUGACUGGUCAUCCAGGAAGAACAUUUACAAGUUGUUUGGGUGAUAAGAAAGAUCUCGGAGGCAGACAAAAUCUAGAUUCACCCACCAAAGUUGGAGAAAAACGCUUUGAUUGUGACAGCUGUGGUAAAACAUUUAAAUAUCACUCUCAUCUUCAGUCUCACAUGAGAGUCCACUCAGAAGAGAAACACUUUGGUUGUGAUGAAUGUGGUAAAACAUUUAGAUACCUGGGUAAUCUUAAAUCUCACAUGAGGGUCCAUUCAGGGGAGAAACUAUUUCAGUGUGAUGUUUGUGGUAAAAGAUUUAAACAAAGAACACAUUUUAAGAUCCACAUGAUAGUCCACACGGAAGACAAAUCAUUUAGUUGUGACGAAUGUGGUAAAAAAUUUAAAUAUCAGUCCAGCCUGAAAGCUCACAUGAGCGACCACUCGGGAGAAAAACCAUUUCAAUGCAUCGUGUGUAGUAAAAGAUUCAGCCAGCAGGGAGUUCUGACGGCACAUGUGGCAGUUCAUUCAGGAGAGAAACCGUUCGCUUGCAUUAGCUGUGGUAAAAGAUUCAGACUUAAGAGCGAUCUUAAAGUGCACAUGAGGAGCCACUCUGGAGUGAAACCAUUUAGCUGUGAGGAUUGUGGCGUGAGAUUUUCACGACAAGGAAGUCUGCUGAGACACAAUCGACUCCACACAGGAGAGCGGCAGUUCGGUUGUGAUGAGUGUGAUAAAAAAUUUACCCGAAAGACGCAUCUCAUCGCUCAUAUGACCAGCCACACGGGAGAGAAACGAUUUGACUGUGAUAUUUGUGGGGCCAGAUUUUCACAAAAGGGAAGUCUGAAGAGACACCACAUGAGAGUCCACAUGAAGUAGAGACUACACGUUUCCAGGGUUAGUUUAAAAAUCGAAGACGAGGCAUCCAGUCCUUGACUUCGCCUGAUGCUGGUGGCCAAGAGAUUAACUGUGCUUGGAAGCAUAAUUUUGCAGGAAAGCAGGGGCCUGUUUUAAACUAAAAACAAACACCAGCUGAUUGGUUCUUAUCCAUCUUGAUAUUGGUGGCUUGAUAGAGACCUGAAACUAUCAGCUAAUUAAAAGAAAAGAAGGUCUUCAAAAGAGAGACAUGGUCAUUGAAAAAAAGUACCUGAGCCACAUUUCUGAUGUUAAACUGAAGACCAGGAGUGCUAGCGCUAGGUGGAUAGCACGCUAACUCAAGCUGGUUUCUAAGAAACACAUGUCAGUUACGUCAUGUUUUAGUUUUGCACAUUUUAUUUAAGAUUCUUGUUCAGCUUUAAAUGUUUGACACUAAAGAAAGUUACGUUACAUUAAAGGUACCGAGGAGAAAACGUUUUGUUAAACGGUGGAUUUGGAAGUGCUGCUGGAGUUGAUGGAUAAUCUCAUAUAGAAACCUUUUUAAUACUUCAGGUGUGCUGCAUACAUAAGAUAGAAAAAAACCAAAAAUAUAUGCAUUCUGUAUAUUAACAUCACAUUUUUCCUUAAGACUGUUUUCUACCUGUAGAGUAUUACACGUCACUUUGUCUGAAAGACUCACGUGUUAAUAUAAUUUACUUUGUAUCACAAUGCUUUAUGAUAAGAGAUAUAAGUGACCACACUGAAGGAGCUAAAUGUUGGAUUUUAUGACUAUAGUUACUAUAGUUAUAGUUAUUUUUUUUAUAUUUUAUGCUUGUGGUUUUAAUGAACCAUUAAAACUUGACCAUUUUUAACACGUCAAACCCAGACUUCAGCAUCAGGUUUCCAGUAAUUUUAAGCAAAACGUUCUUCUGUAGCAUUGCAGGUUGCAUUUAUUCAGCAGAAGACAUUUCACUGGAAUUAUUUUAAGUUAAUGUGUUAAAAGAGCAAUGCAAUGUUUAUACUGAUGUGUUUUUUAUAUUUUUGCCUUUGUGAUUUAAUUUGGAAUUGCAUAAACACAUAUAUAUUUAUGUUUAUAUCUAUAUAAAGAUUAAUUUGAGUUCAUGUUUACAAAUUGUUUUUACCUCACCGCUGUCAAGACUUCAGUGCCUACACUGAGAUUUAUUUGUUUUUUCAGACUGGUGGCAAUGCUGAGUGUUAAACUGCCUCAAUAAAGACAGCUGACUACAAUAGUACUAUAAAUAUUUCAUGUCCUCUUUCCUGUAUCCUGACUUUUUGCUCAUUAUUAAGUAUGUAAACUAGCUAGUCCUAAUCCAUAUUUUCUAAACAGUUUUGUUUUCCUGACUGACAGAAAAUCUGAGGUUUUAUUCCUGAAAGAA